AUGUCUGAUACUGAAAAUCCUGUUCAAGAAGAAUUCGAAGUUAUUGAAGAAUUUACUCCAGUUGAAUUAGCUACUGCUAUUCCAGAAGAAGUUCAAAGAGCUCAAUACGAAAUCAAAUUGUUCAACAAAUGGUCCUUUGAAGAUGUUGAAGUUAAAGAUGCUUCUUUAGUUGAUUACAUCCAAAUCAGACAACCAAUCUUUGUUGCCCACACUGCUGGUAGAUACGCCAACAAGAGAUUCAGAAAGGCUCAAUGUCCAAUCGUUGAAAGAUUGACCAACUCCUUGAUGAUGAACGGUAGAAACAACGGUAAGAAGUUGAAGGCUGUUAGAAUCAUCAAGCACACUUUGGAAAUCAUCUCUGUCUUGACUGAUCAAAACCCAUUACAAGUUGUUGUUGAUGCUAUCACCAACACCGGUCCAAGAGAAGACACUACCAGAGUUGGUGGUGGUGGUGCUGCUAGACGUCAAGCCGUUGAUGUUUCUCCAUUGAGAAGAAUUAACCAAGCUAUCUCCUUGUUGACCAUUGGUGCUAGAGAAGCUGCUUUCAGAAACAUCAAGACUAUUGCUGAAACUUUAGCUGAAGAAUUGAUCAAUGCUGCUAAGGGUUCUUCUACUUCUUACGCUAUCAAGAAGAAGGAUGAAUUGGAACGUGUUGCUAAAUCUAACCGUUAA